AUGUCGUUUAUAGUAGAUGAAAGUUAUAUACCUCAAAAUCGACAAGAUUUGUACGAUGCUGUUCUCAAUGUAUUAUUUCCAAUCACUUUCGUUGUUUUACUUAAUGUUAGAAAAGAAAUGAAAAUGAAUGAAAAUAAUAAAGAAUUGAAAAACAGUAAAACCGAAAUUGAAAAUCUUGAAAUCUGUGAAACUUUAGUUGAUGGACAAACAAAAGAAAUGAAUAAAAAUGAAGAAUCAACAUUUAAAGAAAUAGCAUUGCCAUUACUGGAUGAUGUAUUAUAUAAUAUCGUUACCUGGAUGAUUCCAUUAAUAGUUUCUUUUGCCUACAAAGACAUUUUAAGCAUGAAAAUAUUUUCUUUAAUAAACAUGUGUUUACACUUAUCAUGUACUGUUAUGGCAAUUUUUGCUAAACUUUUAGCCAAAAAAUAUCGUAUGAAAUUCUUUGGAGAUAGCGUAGAAAAAAAAGGAUUCUGUUGGACGAUUAAAGAUCUAAAAAUAAAUGAUGAUCAUGGUUACGGUAUGAAAUUCUAUAGUGAUAAUGUAGUAAUAAAUGGAUUAUUUCAUUUGAAAAUUAAAGAUCCAAAAAUAAAUGAAGGUAAACGUCCACCUUAUUGUAUAGUGAUUUACGUUUUCUUAGUAUUCUUUCCAGUAGUUGCUAUUCCAAUAUUUUGGAUUACUAUUAUUCUUAAAAAUGCAUGUGUAUUUAUACAAAUUAUGUCUUUAACAAGAAGCGUAAAUUAUUAUACUGAAGAAUUACCUGAUAAUUUUCUAGCUACUUCAACUUCAAUAAUUCAACAUAGUUUAUAUAUUGAGUUUCUUCAUCUAAAAAAAUAUCAUAGAAAAAUUGGUGGCGAAUAA